UCACCAUUUCAGGUUCAAAGCUAUAAUAAAAAAUUUAUAAAAUAAAUGGAGACAAAAUAUAAAUUGUGAUGUGCGUAACGUCGAAAGUCUUCAAGCAUGAUAAAAAUCAAUCUCUAACUCACAUCAAAAUGACUAUGAAGAGAGAGUUUUUGUUCACAUUAUUAGUUGUUUCAUUAGCAGUAAUAACUGCGGUUAUCACAAACGCUUCAUUGAGAUCAAGAACUUCUAAUAAUAGCUAUCAGACAAAAAAAGGAAAGGCUGCGGUUGUUGCCAAUGGUCUCGAGUGUUCAAAUAUAGGAGCAAUGAUUUUAAGGAGCAAUGGAAGUGCAGUGGAUGCUGCAAUAGCUACUUUACUUUGUGAUGGUGUAACAUGCCCUCAAAGCACAGGACUAGGAGGUGGAUUUUUCAUGACAAUAUACACAAAAGCUACAAAUUUACUAGAAACACUAGAUGCGAGAGAAGUCGCACCAUUAGCUAGCUCAGAAGACAUGUUCGUUACAAAUCCAGAUUCUGCUAAAUUAGGAGCAUUGUCUGUGGCAGUGCCUGGUGAACUCAAAGGGUACUAUGAAGCGCACAAAAAAUAUGGAAAAUUACCUUGGGAAUCGCUUUUACGUCCAGUGGUAAAGUUGUGUAAUGAGGGGCAUAUAGUGUCUUACUAUUUGGCGAAAGUAUUAAAGACAAGAGAAACUCAAAUUUUGAAUGAGCCAUCAUUACGGGAAGUUUUCAUUAAUCCAGAAACAAAUCAAACGUGGAGAGAAGGAGAUAUUUUAAAACGACCAAAGUUAGCGGAAACUUUGCAAAAAAUUGCAAAUGAAGGAGCAGAUGCACUGUACUCGAAAAAUGGAACUCUGUUGAAAACUUUUGUUGAUGACAUAAAAUAUUUCGGAGGAAUAAUCACUGAAGAAGAUUUAGUAUCAUAUAGUGUCGAAUGGGGAUCUCCAGAUAAAGCACUUCUUCAAAAUGGCGAAAAAGAACUUACACUUCACUCCCAUGGAUUACCUGGUGCAGGCAGUAUCUUGACUUUGAUCUUACACAUUAUUAAUGGUUACAAAUUAGAUGAAAGUUCCUUAAGUUAUCAUAGAAUUAUAGAAAGUUUUAAAUUUGGAUACGCCCUAAGAACCAAACUAGCGGAUAAACGUUUUGUUGAAGGCAUCGAUGAGUUGGUCAAAAAUUUAACAGACCCAAACUAUGCCAAUAUUCUUCGGUCGAAGAUUGAUGACACUCAAACUUUCGAUAGUUACAAACAUUAUGGAGCGGAAUUUAGUGCUAUUGAAGAUUAUGGUACUGCUCACAUUUCGGUGUUGGCCGAGAAUGGCGAUGCUGUUUCGGCCACCGGAACAAUCAACUUGAUAAUGGGUGCCAUGCUUCGUUCUCCUUCAACAGGUAUAAUGCUAAAUGAUGAAAUGGACGACUUUUCAACACCAAACACCAUUAAUGAGUUUGGAAUUCCAGCAUCUCCUGCAAACUUCAUAAAGCCUGGAAAGAAACCCCUUUCGAGUAUGGUUCCUUCCAUUUUAUUGAAUAAAAACGGAUCCGUUCGACUUGUUAUUGGAGCUGCAGGGGGGUCUAAAAUUACGACGAGUGUUGCAUAUGUUAUUUUACAUCAUAUUUUCCUAAAUCAGACUUUAGAUGCAGCAUUGAAGAAAAAAAGAUUACAUCAUCAACUAGUUCCGUAUCACAUCCAAUAUGAAGAAGGAUUUGAUGAAAAUCUUUUGGAAGAACUGAAAAUGUACAAACACAAACUACAAGAAGUAUCUUCAGAAGCAGGAUUUGCUGCGGUGGUUGCGAUUUCAAUAGACGAUGAUGGCACAAUAAGUGCAUCUUAUGACCCUAGAAGAGGUGGAAGUAUCACUAUUAUUGAUUAGCUUAAAAUAAAUAUUCAUGUACUACUAAAAAAAGUGUAAGUAAAUAAGUACAUACCUACAUAUGUAUAUUUGAAUAAACGGUAUUUUUAAAUUUA